AUGUUUCGCCUGCUUCCCUGGCCCUCUACUAUAGGAGGGAAUAAGGUGAUGGAGGAUGUCAAAAUGCUGGCACCAAACUGCACAGGUAUCAAUACUCUGUCGUUGCCCCAGCUCAAGCGUAAACGUUCAGACUCCGACUCCGACGCGACCGAUGCGCCCGCCCCGACGAAAGUCUGCGCGGAUUCCAUUUCUAAGCGCCCAACUCCGACCGUGAUCACGGAUUCGAUCGCUCCCACCCCUUCGACUCCAAAUACUUCAUCAAAAUCCCCGGUCGCGUCCGCGCGCUCGCCGGCGCAGGACGCCGUCGCCAGGCCAGGUGUGACCCGACUUCGGGAAACUAUCACCGCCCAGCUGAGCUUGGAGGUGUUACUCAAGCAUAAUGAACUUCGUCUCAUCGACCAGGAGAUCGCCAAGUGUCAAGUAGCUCUGGAACAACUGCGACGCUGUGGUGAAAUUCCUUAUCCCGGAUCUCGUGUCGCGGGUGUCUCGCCGGAUGUGAGCUCGGGAACGGGCGCGUCAGUGCGGGCACCUGGAAAUGGUCCGGCGCCGAUGUCGCCUGCUCCAUGGGGAGUAACAGAAGGCCCGUACGCCCGCCACUACGCCCGAUGGUUGCUGCCCGACCCUCAUUUUGACGGUGGGGAGGUUGAGUCUGGGAUGCUGGCCCAUUGCCUGGUUGAGGGUCGAUCCACGCGUGGGAAUCCCGGUGAGAUGGGUAUGCUGGCGGGCAAGUCUCGUCCCCAGCGAGGUGCAACUGCCACUAAGCAUACCGCGCUGUCGACUGGCUACCCUGUGGUCAAGGAGAAGCCCGGGCCGAUGCUCAUUCGGCGCAAGUCGGAUGGUGUCCUGGUCAAGCUGGUCUGUCUGGACUGCCGGCGCGAUAACUUCUCCAGCACUCAGGGAUUUAUCAACCACUGUCGCAUCGCACACAACCGCAACUUUGCCAGCCAUGAUGCCGCUGCCAUGGCGUGCGGUCAAUCCGUUCAGGUGGACGACGCCGGGAUUGUGGUCGGUGGCUCUGCUGAGCCCACUACUAACCCAACAACCCCAGGUUAUGUGCAUCCUCUGAUCCGCUCUGCCCAUGUUGCCACGACCCCUUGGAAAUCUCUUCACCCCCCCGCUAAGGAUUUUGUCACCCCUCGUAAACCGACUGCGGGUAUCACCCCGGCGGUUGCCACUCCUCCCUUGACAGCCGAACCUACCUACCGCCGAUGCUCCGAGCCCGUCCGUCAGCCUCCAAACCCACAGUUCUUGGCUUCUCCUGCAACUCCUCACUUGUCCGCUCUCAUGAAAUCACGUGGUGCCGGUCUAGACAUGGAGAAGUUGGUGGAAGAAUCCCGGAAGCCUGUCGAUCUCAGUGGUCUUUUCGGCGAUGACUCGGAAACCGAUGAGUCUCGAGGUCCGUCUGCGGGAGCCAGCCACACCUCGAUUGGUGCUCGCCCGGGCCGUCAACCGAUGCGUAUGCCUGUCGGUCAAACUCCGGGGGAGUCUGAGAACCGGAAGGCUACCGACCGCGCACAGACUCCGCCCACUGAGCAAGCCACCCCAUCGCGCCCACAGUCUUUUUUGGACUUUUCACUCGCCGGUCAAUCCCAAACACUGCAGUCCCGAGAACCAGACAGCCUAGAUCACCAAACACUCAGUCCUCACGCCAUCGAAUCCAACCAAGCCCCCAGCUUGGUCAGUGAUGAUGAAGACGAUUACGAGGCAGCAUCUGACUCAGAUAGUCCUCCGUCGUCUGAAGCAGAUGAGCAGGAGCAGGAGUUCCGCCACAUCCAUGUUGAGGACGACGAGCGCGCUGCCGCCCCGUCAGCUGGCGCCGAAGCUAAGCCGGGACCUUCUCUCGCCAGUCCUGCGCCGCAAUCCGGGCCGCCUCUGUCCCAGCCAAUGAAGCGUAGUCGCUCUAAAAAAAUUUCGUCUAUAGUUCCAUUCGGUGACAACGACGACCAGCACGUGGGAUACUCCUAUUCCGCUUCCGCAGAAAAUACCGCCAAGGCAAAGCGUGCUGCCGAGCGCAAGCCCAAUCCGUCCAAGCGGUAA